AUGCCUUCUGUUUUUUCUGGUCUCGAAGAAUCGAGUGUUGAUCCAAUCAUCAACCUUAUGAUCGCCUGUAAGAAAGAUGACCAUCCUAACAAGAUUGAUGUCAGUGUCGGAGUCUAUCAAUCUGAGAGUGGAGACCCUCAUUACGUCUUUCCCUGUGUUAGGGCUGCUAAGGAACACUUGAUGGAGAAAGACCCUGGUCACUGUUACACUCUGAUGACAGGUAUUGCUGACUACCUUUCUAGCGCACAAAAGACAAUUUUUGGUGCAAACCCUUCCAACGUCGCUUCUGUUCAAGCAGUCGCUGGAUCCGGAUCUUUGCACUUGGCUUUCAGUCUUCUUAAGUCUAUUGGUUACAAAGAUUUCUACAUUGGCACUCCAUCGUGGAGCAAUUACAGAGGUAUGAUCGAGCAUGUCGGUUGCAACUACAUUGAGUACCCAUACUACAACUAUGAAACUCGUUCAGUCGAUAUCGAGGCUGUCAAAAAGGCUCUCAACGAAGCUCCUUCUAAAUCUGUCUUCGUCUUGCAGGCUGUUUGCCACAACCCUACUGGUUGUGACUUGAGCCACGAUCAAUGGUCUCUCAUUUUUGACAUUAUUCAACAAAGGGGUCUCUUCUUGGUUUUCGAUAUCGCCUACCAGGGUCUCAGCAGUGGUGAUGUCAACAAAGAUGCUUGGGCCAUCAGAGAGGCAUACUCGCGCAAGAUGGAAUUUAUUGCAUGCCAAAGUUACUCUAAAAACUUGGGAUUGUACUCUGAGAGAGCAGGUUGCACCCACGUUUGUACCUGGGAUUUGGCAAACCAAAAUACCGUAACUUCCAAGUUAGUUGCCAUUAGCAGAAAUGAGGUCUCAUUUGCACCAGCUUUUGGCGCCAGAAUCGCUGCUUUGGUUCAAACCGAUCCACGUUUGCAACAAAUGUGGGCGGAGGAUGUCUUGCGUGUCGGAUCCAGACUUCAAGAUGUCAGAAAACAAGCCUUGGACUGGUUUGUUAAGCUCCAAACUCCUGGUGACUGGUCUCAUAUCCUUGAGCUGGCUGGUUUGUUUUGGUUCUCUGGUAUAACCCAAUUGCAAAGCGAAAAGUUGAUCGAGGAAUACCAUAUUUAUGCAUUAUCUAAUGGCCGUGUGAAUGUGGCAGGAUUAAACAACUCGAAUGUUGAAUACUUCUGUCGCAGUGUUGACGCCAUCGUAAGAAAAUUCCCUUCUAAUUGA